AUGACUGUUUUUCCAUAUAUUCAUAUUUACUGUCCAUGUUCAGAUUCAUCAAUUGACUUACAAGAAAAUAAUCCAUUUUCAAACCCUUUAGGAAUUCUAGACGACAGAAUUAACACAGAAAAUCCAAGAUCAUCUUUUUCACAUCAUCCUUUACAGAAUCUUUAUUUUUGUGAAGAAUGCUAUGCAAUAAGAUGUCCUCGUUGCAUUCAAGAGGAAACAAUUAGUUAUUUUUGUCCAAACUGUCUUUUCGAAUAUACUAUAAGAUUCCAUGCUAAUAUGCAUAGAUGUUUACGAAAUUGCUUUCAAUGCCCUAUUUGCUUUUCGUCUUUAUCCAUUAUAGAACUUCAAGAAAACAUAAACAAAGAACAAUUAAAUCCAAAUUUACAUUCUUACGUUAUGGAAUGUCCAUAUUGUCAAUGGACAUCAGCUGAAAUUAACAUGAUCUUUGAAAAACCUACAGGACUCAACACUCAAUUGAAAAACUUAUCAAUUGAAUCUUCAAGAAAAAAACUUUUUUACAAUAAAUUGAAAGCAUAUUAUGAAGAAAUGCAUGGAACUUUAAAAUUACAUACAAACGAUCAUCCUGGAAUCUCAAAAUUAACAAAUAUAUAUGGAAAAAUUAAUAAAAAAAAAGCAUUUGAGAACAAAAAAAAAUCAAAUGUAUUCAAUUUUAAUAAUAAUCAUCAAGAUUUACAAGAUGAUCAAGAAAUUAUUAAAAAAAUGUCAGAGAUAAGAAAUUUAGAUGAAAUUGCUACAGUUAAACAAAGAUUAUAUCAAUUAAAUCACGUUAUAUUUAAGAAUGAUCUCAAACCUAUACCAUAUUUAUUAAGAACUAAGAGAUUAAAACGAUGCCGUUCAUGUAAAAAUAUUCUUAUUAAUCCAGAAAGUAAGCCUAUAUCUACGAAGUUUCAUGUUAAAUUAAUAGCUAUAAACUUUUUACCCACUAUUUCUUUAAAAUGUUUUCCUGGACCAAUUUCUAAUUGUUCUCUUGGGAAACUUUCACCAAAUGUGACAAAUUUAUUCCUCUUGACAGUAACAAAUCCUUUUUAUGAAAAAAUAAAAGUUUUUCUAGCAACACCUCAGCAAACUUCUGGAAAAUAUAAUCAUAAUGUCACCAUUUUGUGUCCAGAAUUCGAAGUAAGUGGUAAUAAAAAUACACUCGAUAAUAAUUCUACUAUUAAGUCUACAACAAAAGAUCCAACAAAAAUGCCAUUAUCAGGAACAUUAUGGGAACGCGAAAAAAACUCUACAACUGUUGUUCUUGAAAUUAUUCCUUCAGAAAUUCUUUCAAAUGAUUUAAAUUUCAAUGAUGAUAUAGUUGAAAUUUCAAUUUUUGUUAAAAUAAUUCGUGAAGUCAGUUUAGAUAAAAAUGAAUUCAAAUAUAUAAACACUGAUAUAAAAGAAAGCACAGUUUCUAAAGAAAUAGGGUUUUGGGGAAUAAUUGGCUUAGGCAAAGUUUUACAUUCAACUUAA